AUGGCAUUGUUAAUUUUAAUAUGGACAACAAUAUGGUGCAGGCGUGAGUGUGCUGCCGCGGCACGCCAUAGCAAUCAAGCUGUGUAUAAUAACUACAACAACAAGAGUAAUUUGCACGAGCAGYUGGAGAUUAAUGUUGUAGACGACAAUGAGGAUGUUGAAGCGAUUGUCAGCAGCUGGGAUGAGGUCUGGGAUGGUAUUGUGGCUGCUGGACGUCRUUCCGAGCAAGUGUUAUUCAAACGAGAUGCAGCGAAAGCGGCCGAAGGURAGUCAGCAGAGCUAAAUGCUACARCAGGGUAUGAGUUCACAACGUCGGACGCGGUAAUGACAGGUGUGGCCGAUACAAAACGCAUGAUGACCCAACAAACAAUUGAAAUGCAUACUGAGGCAACAACAACAACGGUGUAUGAUAGCAACAGCGUGGCAACGACUAUGAAUAACAGCGUCGAAAUUAAUGAGUACGAAAAUGUGAAAAAUAAUGGAAAUGAAAAUGCCAAGCGACCAAAGGUUGUUGACAGAAAAAUUAUAGCAGCCACAACAACAACAUCGUCAUUUGCAGCAGCACAUGCAGAAAGUGCCACAGAAGGGGUAGCAGCAACCACACCACAAACUGGAGACCAGCAAAACUUUGCCGUAAACAUAGACGAGGAGGAGGGGGAUGCGUGCGAAACGCAGACGAACGCUUGCGAGCCACCGGUGGAUGUGACAGCCGCGUUGCAGCAGCAGUUAAUUUAUGAAUUUGCAAUUAAAUACAAGCACAUACCGCGUGUCACGUACUUCACCUGCCGCUUUUUGAGCCCCGCGCCCGUCCACACUUUCGGCGAACAAAUUACGUACUUAAAUAUGCAGACGCUGGCGAUGUUGCAGCGCAUGUACGGCGGCAGCAAGGCAGCGGGCGAAAUGAGGUCAGAUGGCGGCGCCAGCGCUGACAAGGUGGUAACAAGGCGCAAAAGUGCGCCAGCAAAUGCACCGAGCGCAACAAAAGCAACAACAGCAAUAACAGCGCGCACAGCAGCCUUAUCUAAAGCUGUCGAAACAAAUGCACGGACAGUGCGUGGCAACGGAAAUACGCGCGGCAAACGUUCGACCACUGCGGCGCUGAAUAACGGAAAUGUGACGCAGAGCGGAAAAGGAAGCAACUGUGCCAAUGGCCGCUUUACCAGUGAAGCCUCCGCCGCURACGCCACCUUCCCCACCGCCRCACCACGGGACAUUUUAAUUAAAGUUGUACAUAUCGAUCAAUUAAUCAAUAAACGUCCAACCGCUGCCAAUAACAAGAAUAGCAAAAACAACAACCGACGCUACAAUUGGAAUGUGCAACGCACAUUURGCGGUGGAUUUGCCGCUGGUGGCGGUUAUGGUCGAUCAGCAGCAGGUAAUGCCGGCGCACGCAAUGCGUAUACGAAUGCAAAUUGGCUGGCACAARUGUUGCGCGACGAUGGCAGCCGUCAGGUGGUGGCGCUGAAUUUAGCAUGCGGUGCAGCGAGUCGUCGGUUGCUCGAAAUGGCAUCGAGCAAAGCAUUGUUCAAUGCAACCUAUCAUUGGCUGUUGAUUGAGGAUUAUACAUUUAAUCGGAAUGCUGACAUCGAUGACAACGCUGACAACGUUCACUACAACAACAACAGCAAUAGCAAUAAUAAGAAUUGCAAGCGAACAAGCGCACAACCGAAUAAUGAGGCAGUCGACGACGGCGACAACAAUAAGAACWACAACAACGACAACAACAAGGCCAGCAACCUAACCAAUAAGUUUUUCGAACAAACUCAAACGCAGCAGCUGCAAGCGAACAAGCAGUUGAAUGCCGAGGAGGUGGAGCAGAAGCAGAAGCAGCUGACAGCGACAGCGACAUCAACAGUUGCCACUUGGAGUACUUGGAUUACGUCGCCGCGCCCAAAAGCUACUCUUGCAGCGACGCCGAUGACUGCCAAUAAUGAGAACACCAUGGAGAUUAUUGAAAAGUAUCUGGAAAAAAUCAACAUCAACAUAAAUACUGAGUUAAUAUUGGCAAAGCGGCACACACGGCGUAUACGUGMCGGCGCUGCAACCGACUAUAACAARAAAUGUGCGGGCGUUGAUGUAGCUGAUGGAGAGSCUGAUGGCGAUGGAGAUGCUGAUGGUGACCGAGAUGAUGGUGUGCUCUCUGGCCGAGGCUGCGGCACGUCUGACAGUGAAAGCUCUACUAAUAAUACACCUCAAAGGAAGGAUUACUACCGGCUCUACGAUGUUUGGAAUCCAGGACUACAAUAUGGCGGCCAAUUGAACAUUUCGGAAAUUGGAUAUUUCGCACUCGAUGAUGGUCUACAAAUUGCCCUCUGGUAUCGUAGAUCGACCACAAUUACGAGGCGAAUGGACAUGAAGAUGGCACGCAUCCGUUGCUUGAUUGUGGUAACGAACAAAAAUCACACGGAUACUCUGGAGCAUUAUCUAACCGCACACUACGACACGCAUCUGGAUUCAAUGAAUCGCUUCAAUUUUGCACUACUCUCGAACGUAAGGGACUUGUUCAAUUUCAGUUUCGUGAUGUCGAAGACUGCCAGCUGGGGCUACCUGAAGAAUGGCAAAUUCGACGGCAUGAUAGGAGCGUUGGUACGCAAACAAGCGGAUAUUGGUGGCUCGCCGAUUUUCUUUCGCAUCGAACGUGCCAAAGUGAUUGAUUACACGACACGAACGUGGGUGGCCAGGCCUUGCUUCAUAUUUCGUCAUCCGCCGAGCACCAAAAAGGAUCGUAUAGUGUUUCUGCAACCCUUUUCAAAUAUAGUCUGGAUUUUAUUGGGAUUAUGUGGCAUAUUCACCAUCUGCUUACUGUGGCUACUGACAUCGGUGGAGCGUCGCUUGGAGGCGGUGGGUGUGGUAAAGCAGUUGGGACACAGCACGCGCAGCAGCAACAUGAACAUCGGAGGCACCACCGCCAACAACCAACAAGCGAGCGCAAUCGGCGGUAAUGAUGAACUACCACCAGUUGGUUGCCGCUGUUCCACACGAACGACGCUAAGUGCCGGGACAAUGCUGAGCUGCGGCGCUCGCUACGCGCCGUCGGUUGCCGCAGCAACAAAAGAGCAACGGAAACAAAAGCCGGGCAAGUUGAUGCAACGAAGUAAGACGGAAGCGCGAAAGAAUGUGCAGAGUAUUAGCUGCAGGCAUUGCAUGCUCGGCUGCGGCAGUGCGUGCUGUGGCCAGGCAGGCAGCGUUGUGGCACAAGAGCGCGUUGGCUUGUUCUUCGAGUCGGUGCUGUUCUACGUGGGUUCCAUAUGCCAACAAG